UUCACCUUCUGGCUCCGCCCACUUCAAAGGUCGCUCGAGACCUUUCGUCGGGGAUUUUUACUUUCUUUUUUCACUACUUCAGAACACUGUGGCAACUUUUAAAUGUUUAAUUGGCCUGUUUUUUAUCGUCCUAUUUAGCCUCGACUGUCGAGAUUAAUGUGGCAAAUGUGUUUUAACUUUCAAAUCGCCAUUAAGUAGCUCUUCCCGCACAGAAGAAACACUAUCGAGUGAAGAUGGCAGAUGUUAUGUUUUUGGUUUAUUUUACAUGUUUCUGUUUGUAUCAAGAUUUAGUUUUCUGUGAUGAAUAUGGCGAAAGUGGAAACAAAAUCACACUAAAUCCAGUCAUCCGUGGAAAACCUGAAGAAAUACUGUGGACACAUAAUGGAAACAAGGUUCUGGAGUAUGACGGGAAGCAGAUGGACACAUAUGGCUCAUUUAAAGACCGUGUAGAACUUGAUUUUGAAACAGGACAGCUCACAAUAAUAAAACUUAACAACCAAGACAGUGGCACAUAUGAGUCUGAAAUUGUGAUCAGUAAGAAGGUUCAUACCUCCAGUCAUAUUUUGACAGUUUUGGAUGCUCUGCCAGAGCCACGGGUGACUUGUGAAGUGAACAAGACUUCAAAUGUGAAAAAACUGUCCUGUUCAGUGGAAUCCCAGACUCAGCCGAGCUAUGAAUGGAGUGGAUCUGAUGUAAAACAGCCAGGGCCAACACUUGUUGUUAAUGAACAGGAGGAAAACCUUAACUCAGUCUAUACCUGCACUGUGAAGAAUAAAGCUGGAAGCAGGACCACAGACUUUAAUCUGCAAGACUGUGCCACAGGCAGAGCAAACCCUGCUGUGCUUGUUCCAGUCUUAAUAGUCCUAUUGCUUCUCAUUAUUCUGCUUGCUGCACUGGUAUUUUACUUCUACAGACGUAAGUUAAGGAAGUCUGGACUAGAUACAGAGGAUCCUGAAAAGGGUGAAAGUGAAAGCAUUUGCCUGUUAGGAGAUAAAUCAAUGGAGGCUAUGCCAGAAACCCAAGACACUGAAGAUGCAGAUGAAAAUGAGGAAGACCGGGCACCUGAAGAGAAAAAAGAGAAGGAAGAGGAAAACAAACAAACAGACAAUCUGAAAACAGCUGAAGGAGAACUAGAAAAAAAUAGAAAAAACUGUGAAAAUGCAGAUGAAGAAAAUGCUAACAGCAAAGCUGAUAAAACCGACACAGAAAUAGAGAUCCAGAAAUCCUUACAAACCCAAGAAGAAAUGGAGAAAAGUCAGAUACUGAAAAAUAAGAGUGAAGAUGAAGAGAAGAAACCUGAGGAGCGGACUGAGACACCGGGAGAGCAGACCACUGAAGAAUCGGAUAACAAUGAGAGUGAAGAUCGAGAGAAUCAACCUAAAGAGCGGACUGAGACACCGGGAGAGCAGACCACUGAAGAAUCGGAUAACAAUGAGAGUGAAGAUCGAGAGAAUCAACCUAAAGAGCGGACUGAGACACCGGGAGAGCAGACCACUGAAGAAUCGGAUAACAAUGAGCGUGGAAAUCCAGAGAAUCAACCUAAGGAGCGGACUGAGACACCGGGAGAGCAGACCACUGAAGAAUCAGAUAACAAUGAGAGUGAAGAUCGAGAGAAUCAACCUAAGGAGCGGACUGAGACACCGGGAGAGCAGACCACUGAAGAAUCGGAUAACAAUGAGAGUGGAAAUCGAGAGAAUCAACCUAAGGAGCGGACUGAGACACCGGGAGAGCAGACCACUGAAGAAUCGGAUAACAAUGAGAGUGGAAAUCGAGAGAAUCAACCUAAAGAGCGGACUGAGACACCGGGAGAGCAGACCACUGAAGAAUCGGAUAACAAUGAGAGUGGAAAUCGAGAGAAUCAACCUAAGGAGCGGACUGAGACACCGGGAGAGCAGACCACUGAAGAAUCGAAUAACAAUGAGAGUGGAAAUCGAGAGAAUCAACCUAAGGAGCGGACUGAGACACCGGGAGAGCAGACCACUGAAGAAUCGGAUAACAAUGAGAGUGAAGAUCGAGAGAAUCAACCUAAGGAGCGGACUGAGACACCGGGAGAGCAGACCACUGAAGAAUCGGAUAACAAUGAGAGUGGAAAUCCAGAGAAUCAACCUAAGGAGCGGACUGAGACACCGGGAGAGCAGACCACUGAAGAAUCGAAUAACAAUGAGAGUGAAGAUCGAGAGAAUCAACCUAAAGAGCGGACUGAGACACCGGGAGAGCAGACCACUGAAGAAUCGGAUAACAAUGAGAAAGACGGGGCACCUAAAGUGAAAAAAGAGAAGGAAGAGGAAAACAAAUUAAUAGACAACAUGAACAAAGAUUCACCGUCUAACCUGGACACCAGUGAUCUCUCUUCAAACCUGAAUAUGGAAUGAGCGAGAACAAGGCAGGAAAGAAAAAAAAGGAUGUUCCAGAAAUUAAAGAGACAAAAAAAAAUAACUUUCUAGACAACACAAACAAUUGCAUAUAUGUGGCCAGAGGACAAGAAAGCAGAAACCGAGACCAACAGCUUCCCAAAACAUGCAAUGAAGGAAGAUCAUAGUUCAGAAAUUAGAGAACAGUUUUUAAACAAAUAGUUUUGUACAGAUUGUGAUGAUAAAGUUUAUAGUAAGGAAAGCAAAAUGGGCAGUUUUAUCAGCUGUGAAAGAGGAAGAGAAAAUCUGUCAACUAGAGCCAUGUGAAGGUAGUAAAGUCAGAUAAGACACUCGAGGGUGGAAAAGAUGAAGUUUGAGCUUGAACAAGGUGUGGAGAAGUAAUACUCAAAUACUUUAGCAUAAAGUUUGUCAGUUUGUCAGUUUUAAUGUAGAACAAUUAAUUUAGUACAGUUAAUUUUAUAUAAAUGAUUCUACUACAUUAAGAAAAAAAAUGUUUAUGUAAAUAUGCGCAAGUAGAAUAUUAUUAUACCCUUGUAUAUUUCCAUGAAAUUUCUUUAAAGCUGUCUGUCUGUAUCUGUAUACAAACCAGCUAUCAGAAAUAGGGUAGAUUGAACACUAAACACAUCAUUUGUGAAUGGCCACUAGAAGUCUACUUCAGACUGAUGGACAAACUCUAUUGGACGAUGGAUUGGUGUGGACUGUUGGCCAGUAGAAGAAUUCAGCGGACAUAAACAUUAUAUUGACAGUC